AUGGCGAACUUCUUCUGGUUGGAGGGCGAAUCAUCGGCCGGAUUCUCUGUGUCGAUGAGAAACGCAGUGGACUACAUCCACGGAGCGACUCAUGGGAGGGUAAGACGAUCCCCGGAGUGUUCUUCGUCCCUCACAAUUCCCGUUCGCCGGCGAUUGUUCGAUUCUAUUUUGUUGUUUUCUCUUCAGCCGAAGCACGUAGACAAAGAUGUUUGGGACGUGGCUAUGGAGAGGGGGGACCAAAAGAUCACGGAGAGCUGUAUUCCACUGUGGGAAGGUAGGUCAGAUUGGGGAGCCUGA